AAUAUGGUGGAGGUGCAGGAUAUAAAGAUUGAAGGUGGCGUGGUGAAGGCAAUCGAAAGAGAGAGAAGCAUUUCUUUCACUCUGAGAAACCAGCCGGCUGAUCCCACACGAGGCAGAAUGAAAUCCUACCUGCUCGCCCUUGUUGCUAUACAGAUCCUCCGCUGCUUGGGAGUGCCAAGCACCAAGGAAGCUCUGAAAGCCUCAGUUGUAAAGUUGAAUGAAAUCUCCGAGAUCACCAACCUCUGUGGUAUCUCCAGGAGAGGCGUGACAAAUACUUAUCGCACAGGCAAGUUGUCGUACAACAUGGAUCUGACAUUCUCCGUCAAAGAAACAGUUUGCUCCAAAAAUUCCGGGCUGGAAUUCGAUGAUCCCAGCUGUCAAUUCCGUCCCAAAUCUAUUGCUGAGAAUGGUGUUUGCAGAAGUCGCGUGGAAUUUUUUGCCGAUAAGGUAGCUAACGUUGAUGUGGAGUGUGAAGGCCUGAAGACAGUUGACAGCGAGAGUAUUGAGGUAACUUCAGUUACUUAAUUCAGGGAGAAAACCAAAUCAAAAGAGACAUCAGUGGAGGAAACAUCAAAUGUGAAAAGCAAGUCAAAAGAAACAUCUCUUGAAGAGCCUUCAAAUUAUGAGGUGGACAUUAGUUAUGCCAUGAAAGUGAUCUGA